CGCAGGGCAAGGCGGCGGCCCCGGACGCCCAAGCCCCCUUCCCAGCCCCCAGACAUGGCCCGGGGCGGCGAUCAGAGCUGGCGUCCCGGGGAGUCGGACGGGCAGCCGGAGGAGCGGACCGCCCAGAACAGCAGAGCCAAGAUGGUGAAGGAGACCCAGUACUACGACAUCCUGGGGGUGAAGCCCAGCGCGUCCCCGGAGGAGAUCAAGAAGGCCUACCGGAAGCUGGCGCUCAAGUACCACCCGGACAAGAACCCGGAUGAGGGCGAGAAGUUUAAGCUCAUAUCCCAGGCAUAUGAAGUGCUUUCGGAUGCAAAGAAAAGGGACAUUUAUGACCAGGGUGGUGAACAGGCGAUUAAGGAAGGAGGCUCGGGCAGCCCCAGCUUCUCGUCACCCAUGGACAUAUUUGACAUGUUCUUUGGUGGCGGGGGACGGAUGGCAAGAGAGAGAAGAGGCAAGAAUGUUGUACAUCAGCUGUCUGUAACUCUCGAAGAUUUAUAUAACGGAGUCACAAAGAAGCUGGCCCUCCAGAAAAACGUAAUUUGUGAAAAAUGUGAAGGUGUUGGCGGGAAGAAGGGCUCUGUGGAGAAGUGUCCCCUGUGCAAGGGCCGCGGGAUGCAGGUGCACAUCCAGCAGGUCGGGCCGGGCGUGGUGCAGCAGAUCCAGACCGUGUGCGUCGAGUGCAAGGGCCAGGGCGAGCGCAUCAGCCCCAGGGACCGCUGUGAGGUCUGCGGUGGCGCCAAGGUGACCCGUGAGAAGAAGAUCAUCGAGGUACACGUUGAAAAAGGUAUGAAAGACGGUCAAAAGAUACUGUUUCAUGGAGAAGGAGAUCAGGAGCCUGAGCUGGAGCCUGGCGAUGUCAUAAUUGUGCUUGAUCAGAAGGAUCAUAGUGUCUUUCAGAGGCGAGGCCACGACUUGAUCAUGAAAAUGAAAAUUCAGCUUUCUGAAGCCCUCUGUGGCUUCAAGAAGAUGAUAAAAACGCUGGACGAUCGCGUGCUCGUUAUUACGUCCAAGGCAGGGGAGGUGAUAAAGCACGGGGACCUGAAGUGUGUGCACGACGAGGGGAUGCCGAUCUACAAAGCGCCCCUGGAGAAGGGGACUCUGAUCAUCCAGUUCUUGGUCACCUUCCCCGAGAAACACUGGCUGCCUCCCGACAAGCUCCCCCAGCUGGAGGCCCUCCUGCCCCCUCGACACAAGGUGAGGGUCACGGACGACAUGGACCAGGUGGAGCUGAAGGAAUUCGACCCCAGCGAGCAGGGCUGGCGCCAGCACAGGGAGGCCUACGAGGACGACGACGACGGGCCGCGGGCCGGGGUGCAGUGCCAGACGGCGUGAGCGGCGCCCUGGGUGUAAAGUUGGCACGAUCAAAACGGCAUCACCUCCCGGCCCCGUGUGUGGCGUGUCCGUGUGUGUGUCCAGCAUCCUCAGCUGCCGAGUGUCGUCUUGGUUCUGUUGUUCUUUUGGUUGUAACUUAAGUUAUAGCUUAAUUUAUAUUUAAAUGUUCUGAGUGUGAAUUACCUCUGGUCUGCAUAUGGGAUCUGUUCAUUUCCAUCUUCAGGAGACUUUUGAGAUGCCGGUUGGCCUCACACUUUGUGCUUCUGGUCGCAGGGCAGGGACCAGGGGCCUCGUCUGGGGCUGCCCCUGUGACAUCCCCAGAUCUAGAUUCUUGAGGGCCCUCAAGAACAAAGGCACGUCUGUGGGCUGGACUGGGCUCUCGGGCCGGGCUCACGCCGCGUGGGCUGUGGGGCCAGCGUGGUGGCUACCGUCCUGUUGGCUGGAAUGGGGUGCGAAUAUGGCCGUCUCUCCUGGAAGCUUCCUGGCCUUGUGGGGUCCGUGUUCCAAAUGAAGCACCACCAUAGCUGUUUGCGUGUGACCCCACACCUUGUUCUCUGUGGUUUUAAUGAUUUUUUUGUUGACCGUCUUUGCUAUGCUCCCACCAAAGUGCUUUCUGUAAAGAGAAGGAAGCCCUCCCGAGGGCCCCACAUCCUCCGGCAGCAGCGGUGGGGGAAGCCUGGUGGGCCGGCCUGGGCGCCACGGCCCGGUCGCCUCUUCCCAGACCCGGCUCCCUGCUCUUGUCGGCUGCAUGGCGGAGGGCUUCCUGCUCCCGUGAUGCUGCUUUGGCGAGAAGCGCGCGGACGGGCUCUGCCGUGCCUGCGGCGUGGGCCACCGCUGUAAAUGCUGGCCUGCUCCGAGGGACGACAGCUAUCGCUUCACUCCCAGCAGGCCGACCGCAGCUCAUGUUUAGGGUUGCCUCAGGCUCUAGCUGUUCCUGGCCCGGUCCUUCCGUGGCGGUCAGGAGAAACUGCCCCCUAAGCCGCUGGGCGGGCUAAAGCCGAGGCCGCUCGUAUGUCCCACCCUCCUUGGUUCGGCAGAAGCGGAGUUCGCCGCAGACCCGGGGCCGCCCCCAGCAGGGUCGAAGGGCACAGGAGGCCUGCGGCAGUCAGGGCGAGCGGCUGGGGGGACCAGGCAUUGCUGGCUGAGGGGGGGGGCGCGGCAGGGGUAUUGGGCGUAACUUGCUCAAAAUAAGGAGAGGGCGAGCCCCCCUCACCCCAGGCCUGCUUUGACCACUGGUCGGGACAGACCUAAAGCCUCCUUUUCCAAGUCAGCCUGUGUGGAAAUCCAUUCACAGAUGGACCACGGUUCCAGGGUGUUGUUUCUGUGCUGUGACUCCCCCUGCCAUUGAGAACUGCUGUUGAUGGGGCACAACUACGUCCAGCCCCUUCCUUGGCGCGUCAGUGGGAUCUGGAAGGUGUUGCUUAAAACGUACUCCACCUGUACACUUGUCACUUUACAAUUAAAACCGAGCUGGUAUGAGAGAUGCUUCCGGUUUUUUAAACAAUCUCGAGCUCAAACGAGGGGUGUUAAGUGCCUCACAUGGAGAUCUGAUGGGUCGGCCUCCACUGUCCUGGAGCUUGUAAUUGGAGUGAGAAGGGCAAGCAAGCGUCAGCUAUGGGCGACGGCUGUGGAAAGGAGGGGGCAGCCAUCAAAGCCCCCCCUGUGGGUGUGGGGGGUGGGGGCGCUACAGGCAGAGGAAACGUCAAGGGCUCUGUGGUUACAGGAGGGCGACCAAGGUCGAGAGGCAGGAGAGGGAGGUGAUGGGGGUUUGGGGAAAAGCCACGACCGGACUUACAGGCACACGAGGUUCUUAAUAAACAGCAGCAAGCUUCAGAGUGCUAGCCAUUUCCAUGCCAACCAAGUUCAAGUGGCUGCUGAGAGAACCGAAGUACUGGUUCUCCGGGGAAACCGAGGCAGGGCUGGAGCCCAUAGACGCUGUCAAGGCAGCCUCUCUAAAGCUAACAGAGUGCACAGUGCAGCAGCGGACGUUUUCAAAACACCAAGUAGAUGCCCAGGAAGGUAGGACUCUGAACAUUCUCACCCGGCCAAAUAUCCUAACCCUUCAGGACCCCGUUCUGAAACCGAUCAGCUUUAUCAAACCGCUUCUGUGUGACUCGGCACCCUGGAGGAGGGAGCCUGUGCCUCUAAACUGCAAGUUCAUUAAGUGCCUGGGUCCCUUCAUCUCUGGGGCAGUUACCUGCUUUCGCACGAUGCUGACUUCCCCCGCUCUCCUGCCGGCCGCAGGGUGCACGGAAGAAGUAUGUUCAAGAACACCGGUGUCUGGGUCACGAACACUGUUAAAGUAUGAACAGCAUUUCCAAUAAAACAUGAAAAGAUUUAUAUUGUAUCUACAAAAUUUAAGUUUCUGCUACAAUAAAUGCUCUGUUUUGUUAAGCUAGGAAGGUAAGGAAUGUCACGAUCAAUGUAUACAUUCUCUUUGCAGCAUUAGUCUGGGAGACCGGUGUUCACACUGGGCAAUCAUAGAUGUGAAUUUCCUGGUCGUCGCCGACAGACACAAUUUUUGAGCCAUUUCCAUUGUAUUUUACUCCCCAGACCUGUAAAUCCAAUAAAAAGAAAAAACAAA